UAGUGAUCAGCCUAUUAUCAAUAGAAACAAAAUGUAAACGAGGUUUUGGAAAACCAGAAUUACGCGUUUUCUUAUCACACAUUUUCCAUUUUUCUUACAUGGAAAAGUACAAUUAAAAUCUUGUCACGAAGUGUUGUUUUGUCUCGAUUCCAACUUCAAAUGGAAGGACGCGCAUCCAAAUAUUGCCACGUGUUUCCAUCUUGGAAGAUGUAUCCUAGAACAGACUAUCUUCAGAGACGUUACAAGUGUUUGAUGCAGCGACUGCCACGUGUAAUGGAAAAUCUGCCUACUGGAUGUCAAAAUCAGGACCUGACAUCAAAUUUGAAGAACUUUAAUGACUUGCUGGACAGGAAGCCAAGAAUCAUUGUUUAUGGAAAAGAGGAUAUAGACGUAGAACAAAUGGUAGUGGAUCCAGAGCAGAUGCAUGCGUUAUCAGAGGAAUUAUCUGACACAGAAGGAGUAAAAAUAGUAGUCUGUCACGUUGACGUAUUCGGCGUUGAACAUAAUGAUAUAAAGGAAGCCAAAGCUGAAAUCACAUACGCCUGUACAGGUGAAAACGUACAAAACAACGUUUUUGUCGUUUGUGACGUACAUGGUUCCUUCACGGACCAGCAGCUGGAAUACUGGCACGGAAACAUUUUUAAGCACAUACAAUCACAAAUUAAGGAUUGGAAACAUUCUGACAGGAUAAUUAUUGGAUCUGGAAGUGGACUGCAUACCAAGAUGAAUGAAUUCUUCGAAAAUCUCAUCACUGAAAAUAUGUUAAUGCUAAAUGAAUACACGCAGCAAUGCCACAUUCCGACGGAAGUAGUACAAAUUCAUCAAAGAAAUAAAAAUGUGAAUGAAAAAAACGAUUUCGGAAAAUAUGAAUUAAAUGUACUAGAGACAGAUAUUGUGGUGAAAACAAUGCUAUGCUUUCUGCGUAAAACAUUUUCAGGAGAUUGUUUAGAAGAAAACUUUAUAGAUAAGUUUCUAACAGACCUUGCCCGGGCAGUUAGAUGUGCCGUCUUACACCCUUUAAAAGAUCGUUAUGAUAUUCCAACAUGGAUUUGUAAUGUAGCAUUGCAUGACAUUGAUUUUGAGGAAAACUUGUGUCAAUCAGUUUCAAGAAACAGUAAAUAUCAUAUAAAGAAACUGCAGCCAAUGUCUGGCAAUCGUAUGAGACCUUCCAGGUUUGAUUUUCUUCUAUAUCCUUUACAAGCAGAAAUGGCGGUACCCGUAAAAUACGUAGAAGACAAAAUAGCUGUGAUAAGAAAGGGGUUAGUUAACGCGACAAAACUGAACUGCGAAAUCGGAGGAUAUUUGAGGCAAGCAGUUGGUAACAACGUGUCUGCUAAAGUACGUUAUAACGAAAAUAUCAAGAGACGGUUUUCAGAAUUUGAAGAUAAGUUCGAAAAUGGCAACACAAUUUACAGCAGAGGACGUUUAGGGACGUUGGGCUGCUUUGUGUCUAGCAAUAAUAAUGCGCUGUAUGUACUUACUUGUGCACAUGUUGUCCUUGGAGAAACACAUUACAUCUGUGCACAAAAUAAAAAUGGGGAACCGAAGCGGUUCGCAGUCACAACGCCCGAAAUGACUCUUGUUUCAGGAAACUGCUCAUUACCACUUGUCGAUAUCGCUGCCGUUAAGGUGUGUGACCAACUUCGGGGUAUGUGUGAUCAGUGUUUGAAAGAUGAUGACGGAGAGAGAAAGGAAGCAAAGUUGUCUUCCGACGCGCCUGUGGAUCUUACUGGCUGUUUUGUGCACCAGUAUGGAGCUACAUCUGGGUUAAAGAAAGGAAUCAUUAUGCCAAAUAACUGUUCUAUAUUUGGAGAUAAUGCAAAUGAGUAUAUUCUGAAUGUAGAAUGUCUCGCUGGAGCAGAGAAUGAGCAGUUUGCACAGCCUGGUGAUAGUGGCGCAGUCAUUUGCAUGACAGAUAUUGAUACCAAUACGGUAAAAGCAGUUGGAAUGAUUCACGGCGGGGUGAUGAGUGAUGGAUCGUGCUUAGCCUUUCAUCUUGGGAAAGCAUUGGAUGAGCUUGCAAAGAUUUCAGGCGAAACGUUUCAGUUAUAAGUAAACAUAGGGACACAGGUAACAUGGAAAACAUUGAACUGAUCCGUGAUCAAUAGGAUUAACUACAAUUCUAACACGAUCCGAUUCAAUUUCCUAUUAAACAAAGAAGACAGAAAACAGUGAAUUAUUAUACAACAAAUCACUGUUCUGACGUCACAAUUAUUACGUCAUGGCGUCAAACGGCAUAGCGGCGCGCUGGAAAAGAAACCGAUUGAAAACGGGCAAAUAUUUAAUGAAUGUCGUCAAGAAUCCUUCGUGUUAGAAUCGAAAUAAUAUACCUCAUUUAGUGAUUUGCUGCGCCCUCGUGAUAUAAUUCCUUCGCAUCUGAACUCCAAACAAUGAUUUAUUCAACGACAAAUCACUGGAUGAGAUAUAUUAUUUCUUUAAUAAAUAAUUAUUUAAUUCCGCUGUCAAAAAUUCAUCGUCUGAACACAGUGUUAUAUUAAAUAGCAAGUGUCAUAACUAUAUCAAACGAAACAAUGUACAUGCAGUGAGGAAACGACUAUGUAGGAAAUGUUUCUGAUCAUUCUCAUUUGUUAUACAGUAGUGGAGAGGGUUUUAUAAAGUUGUAAUCUGCUAUUGUAUAAACCUUUCAAUGUAACUCAUUGCAGAGUAGGAGCGGUCUUCUGCGCAUGCCCGAAAGUGAUUAUCAAUUGUAGCGCAUGGCAAAAAUAUGCAUAUUUUUGCAUGUCCGCACACAUUAAGUGUAUGAUAUGCAUAAAAUACUGACUAAAGGUUAGGGUUAGUAUCACCAUGGUUACAAAAUAUAUACAUUUAAGAUAUUUUUCGUUCAAAUUUAGUUAAUCCGGUAUAUACCGAAGUCUGUAAUUUAUACCGGCGCUCCAAGUCUGCAUUGAGUCACAGUCUAAACCUUUACCAUUAUUUCAAAAUGUGCUUGUAUUUGACUUUAUAUCAUUCAGCAACUUCCAUUUUGACUGCAUAUUCAUGAAAAUGUAUUGUAAUGAAAUGUUCCUACUCAUGUAUUAUAUUUGGGUUCUUGUGAAUAUGAAAUUAACCUAAUUAAUAAUCGGCAAAUAUCGGCAAUUUCGGCCGUCUUCGGUUUUUGCAGAAAUCUAUUUGAGCGUUGAACUACACUUACGUGCGAAGAAUGCCGUAAUCACACGGAAAUUGCCGAAUGUCAUUACGGAUCAGCUAGAUUGAACUAGUUGUAAUGUACAGUUUUCUUUGAAUCACCGUAACAUUGUGUUUUGUAAAUGUCUUUUUAAUUACUCAACAACCAAAUUAAAUCCGGGCAUUGGUAGUAUUAUCAGUCUUAAAGCCUUCAGACUUGCAUUGGUAGUAUGACUUGCAUUGGUAGUAUUACCAGUCUUAAAGCCUUAAGACUUGCAUUGGUAGUAUUACCAGUCUUAAAGCCUUCAGACUUGCAUUGGUAGUUUUACAACUCUUAAAGCCUUAAGACUUGCUUUGGUAGUAUUACCAGUCUUAAAGCCUUUAGACUUGCAUUGGUAGUAUUAUCAGUCUUAAACUGUAAAAAUAUCUCAAAUUAAUUUUAAUUUUGAUGGAAACAAAUCAUUUUGUAAGUUUUCGGUAUGUAAAAAUGCCGAGUUCGUACCCUAUUAAAUUAAGUUAAGUUCAUUUAAAUUCGCAACUGUAUCCAUUCCUCCAGGCUUAGCUUUUUUAAAGCAAAAAGUACAUUACAACUUAAACAUUUUAAAACCUUUGUUUUUGGUAGAUCUACAUCACAGUCUUUUUUGACAGUUUGACAGUUUAACUUAUUAAACAGAUUGAAAAAAAAAUCAUUUCGAAUAUUAGACUAUAACUGAGUAAGUGAGUCAUACCGGACAGGUUUUUUAUGCAUAGCAUAUUCGCCGUGACGUUCAGUAAAAAGGCAAAUGCUGCAAAUACUAAAGACGUUACGCUGGUAUACAAUUUGUGUUUAUCUCUUUUACGAUUCCAUUUUUAAUACAUAAUAAGAAGUACAGCUUACAUCAGUGUAAACAAGGUCAUAUCAGAAAGCAAAAUGUUACAUUUCAUUGUUCAAUAUAAUAAAUGCAGUGGGCGCACAUUUGUUUAUUUCAUAUCGGAGUACUAGAAGUAUUUUUCCCGAAUUACCUUACAGAAGUAUAAAUGGAUUGUACAAAUUUGUCAAAAUUUUAACUAUCGACUAGUUAAAUAAUAACAUGGAUAUAUUAGAAUCAGGGGGCAAUGUUUGUCUCAGUUCUCUUCCGUUUAAGAACAGAAAUUAACACAUAUGCUGAACACGAUUGAUUCUACCUUUGCGACCAGUGUACAUCCGUGCAGUCUGAUCAUGAUAUACACUGUUCGCCAUUCAGUCAGUAUAUCGUUUUGGUAUGCACUCCUUUUAACAGUAAAUGGUACUGUCCAAAUAAUUUUAGAAAUUUAGCAGGAUAAGCGUUGGGAAAGCAGUCAAAAUCGAUACAGUUAUGCUAACACCCUCUGACUUUGUUCUUUGUUCUCCCCUUUUAGCUGUCAUUGGUUUAAAAAGACGGUAACAUCAUUUAUGUAAUUGUAUUACAUGUGAUCAAUAAAAGAUCCCAAUUGCUUUGAAGACGUGGUGAACGACUGAAAUUGAUACUAAACCCUUAUCCCGCUAAAUUUCUAUAAUGAACAUGUCUGUCGUUCAAUUUGGACAGUACCAUUGACUGUUAAAAGGGAUGCAUACCAAAAGAUAUUGAGCUGAUCUUGAUCCACACCGGUCGCAAAGGCAGAACCAAUCAUGUCCAACAUGAUAAGGGUUAAAUGACAAUCAAUUAGUUACUAAAGAACCAAUCGAAACAUGUUGGUAUAUAAACUUUUACACUUAAAAACAGGAGAUUUUUGUUAGGCAUCCAAGAUAGAUCAGUGCGCACGUAUCUAUUGUAACUGUGGGAAACUUACCAGGUGGAAUCAGUCUGUACUUUAUGCUAAUUGGGACAAUAGCCAAAUAAUAUUGUCUAGCAACACCAGCAACGUCUUUUCGUGCUGCCCGCGCCAAGGGAAAUCACUCUUGCUGUGUUCCGGAUUCAGGCUAUCGCCCCGUAGGCCAUACCAGACCGUACGCGAGCACUACACUCCUCCCCGUCCUAUUGAAAGGAGGUAGUCCCUACACCAUGGAAGUAGACCAUGGUGUCUUAGACCAUGGAGGUAUACCAUGGUCCCUUAGACCAUGGAAGUAUACCAUGGUCUCUUGCUCAUAAAUAUGAGAUGUUCCUGGGUUUAACCAGUACUAGUAUUGUGUCACUUUAGCCACAAUACCACCGCUACCGGCGACCAUGGAUCUCCGCAUCCAUAGUGCACCGGGAUCAGCCCCUAUGGCUUAAACAGACUCAGUUCUUCUAUAGAUAGUCAAUGCUAUCAUAAGAACUGUUCCUACUCCAAGAAUGGUCAGCAGCCGAACACUUACCAUAAAACAACCUUUAGUCAAACAGGCGGCUGACUCUUACCUCACACAGUUGCCUCUACCUGAGCUUUGCCUAACAGUGGGGGCCUAGAUAACCUUACUGCUAGUCCAAGCAGAGCUCAAGUCUCCUCUGUGACAGGGCCUUGCGGUGCCUGCCCUAUCCUAGUAAAACUGUGUGAGGCCAUAUGUUCCUCGUCAAUGGUUUCUAGGACGAGGCUUCACAGGACUAAUCUGUUUCUUAGUCCGAUGUCCCAAAGAAGUUAAGCCAUGACUGAGUUCAAUAGCUUCCUCCUUCAGACUUUUCAGCAUACCAAGAUGAAUGCCAUCUUGACCUUAGUCACACUAACAUAAAACACAAUCUAACAGAAGAAAUUGUUCCUUGUUUCACCGAUUUGACUCAGCCGCUUGACUGGCACGAAACAGAUCGGACCAUGCCUGAUCUGUCCUACCUCGUUACCAAUCCAAAACAAACAGCAAUUUCUCAUCCUGUUUCAACACUUCACUCAGCUCCACCACUAAGAACCACCAACUACACAGUCCAAUUUUAUCCCUCAGAGCUCCUUGAUCCGGUACCGAGAUGGAAUUCUGAAGGCUAGACCCCAGACCCUUUGUAGAGUCAGAGGUACCUGUCGCACCCUUAAGCACGGCAAGUCUUUAGUUUGUCCUUUCCAGAGGAAAGGACCUUAGACUGUGAACUUGGUCGUCCUACAGUAGGCACUGAACCUGACUGUCCAGACGUGACUGUAUUACAGAUUACCGAAGCCUUAAACAGCCUCAGUCACAACCCUCCUUGUGGUCACCAUGUUCAUGUUUACAACAGCAUGUUUAAACAUAUCUACCACAAAGAAGCUUACUACCUCAUAGUAGUCUAAAUCCAUACCAGCAUUUGGUAGGCUACUUUUCUCAGAAGGGUCAUCCCGCAUCUGAGACUACUAUUGCAAGGACUGGCUUGCCACUCUUACCCUCGGUGUCAUCUGUGGUUCCAUCCUGAUACCCGUAGACAGUCGUACCCAUGCCAAUGUUGGUCUCAGGUUCCCCGGAUGCUCUGUGAUGUAAACUCCGGGUAACCCCUUUACCAACGGCACUGCGUCGUCUACAUCAAGAAACCUGUAGACAGUCGUACCCAUGCCCUUGUUGGUCCUAGGUCACUCAAACGCUCUAUGAUGGAAGCUUCGGUGUCCCCUAUGACCAACGGCACUGCGUCGUCUACAAGGUUAAAGGACCCCAACUUUCGUUGUCUUCUUAACAGUAAUUACACCUGCCACAAGGUAACUGCUCCAGUCGUGUCCCAGCAUGAUACUCAUUGCAAUGCUUCCAACCGGCAUUCAAGACAUUGCCUUAGCUUUAUCAUGCUCACGACCUACCCCGUACUGCAGCACAAUAUUCAACCGAGACAGCUCCUCCGGCCACCGUCUCACCAGUUAACCUUGAGGCUCUUGGAACCCCAUGAAUCACCUUAAACUUGAGUGGUCAUUCCGUACAAUACAGUUUACCAAAUAAGAACAAAACUACCAUAUGCAAUGACCUUCUCCUUGCCGACCUGAACCUAUGGUACCCAUGCACUGAUCUAUUUAUUCCAUGCAUUGGUGUAAAGCAUAAACUCAUCCAUCCCCAUCAGCAAGGCUAACCCAGGCGGUUGCAUCAGAGCCUCUUAUCAAAACUUCAAAAGCUCUGACCCACUCUCCCCGCCACACAAACCGAAGUUUGCCUGUCAAAGCAUAAAACAGAAUCUGCUUUUAUAAAGCUUCUAUGGUAGUUCACCAGAUCCACCUCUACUGGAUCUGACUGUCAUGACUUCUUCAAAUUUAAGCUCUAAUUGCUUAAGUGCCUCCAUGACAGUCCUAUUAUCUGGUUCCCCUUGUGUGCUACCGGCCAUUUCUCCCACUGCAAAAAUACAUUCCUCCUCUUCGCACCAUUCCUCCUCUUCGAACGGCUUAGGUUGGUGCUUUGACAUACCAAAUAUAGCCAUGUGUGCCUGUUGGUAUUUACGGACUACCUGCUUGGCCUGUUGGAUACUCAUAGGAUCAAGCAUAAACACAUGGUGGCCUGCAUCCUUAUCUAACAGGCCCUGACAGAAACGACUUAUGACUUGAUUAGUCACAAAUGAAUCUGGCAGGUCUCUGAACGCUCUUUCUGCAAGUGUCAAAAGCCGGUCUGCAAAAUCAUCUAACGACUCGCCCUCUUCCUGGCAAGCCUGUUGAAAUUGCAAUUGAGCCGCAGCUGGCAACUCGUGCUCACCAAACCGCGCCUCAAGCUUACUAUGUAAACCCUGGUAAGAGUUCACCUCACCACUAUCAUGUAUCAGUACAUAAUAGUCCAUAGCUUUGCCAGUAAGACACCAGCACAAGCCCUCAAAUUUCUCAGCAUCUGACCAUCCGCAUGCCUCAGCAUAUCUGGAAAACUUUAAAUCAAAAGCUUCCCAGCUGCCCUUACCAUCAAAUGCCAAAUGCUUUUGCAAAGAACUUAAUUUCUUUGCCAGCUGACUAUAGUUGGCUCCCACUCCCCCAUCUGAUGAUGGUCUACUUGCAUAGGCAUUACCAUCAUCACCAAAAGGAGUGCUACCUUCACCAAGGUUGAAAUUCAGUUUCGUUUCUGGUAACGAUACCUUAUUACUGCCCGAUGCUGGUGUCCCAAGGAAUUCAGCCGGAGUUUUCAAAAAUGGCCUUUGCAUACCAGAAGAUACAGCAUGCAUUCUCGGUCUAGGGGUGAUCAAAUCCCCAGGCCUAGCUAGAGUAUUUCCGGUCUUAAUUUGUGACCAAGCACUGGGCUCUUUUCUAGCCUCAGGCUCCUUAUCACUGUCCUGAAGUGGCCAUAGUUUAUUCUGGGUAAAAUCAAUUCGACCCAGCUCAGACUCUGUAAAUUUCUUACGACACAACACGGACAAGACUUCCGGGGUUAUGUUCCCCGUUGCCUCACGCACCAACAAAAUUGCACUGGCAAUUUUUGUAUUAAUUCCAGGUAUCAUUCUCAAUUGCUCAAGGGUAGCAAAAUUAAUUGAAACCACUUGUGCACUAAUACCAGAUGUAACUGACUUACCUUCUGGACUCUUUUGUUGUGACAUCUUUGAUAAAAAUCAAAAUAACAACAAAAUCAGAAAUAAAGUUAAUUAUUUCUAUUCCAGAUUGACCCAAAAAAUUUCUUUUAAGGAUCCUUAAACUUCAACCAAGGUAUACUACAAUGCCAACUAUAGGGAUUUCCGAUUGUAUAAGUCCCAACAAACUGUCUGGAAAUGUCGAAUAAUUUUUCAAUUAUUCAACCUAUUACACUUAAAUAAGUGUUUUAGACCUAGAACGUAAUCGACUAAAUUCAAUUACGCCUUACCUGGUCCCUUUUCCAACACAAGUCACAACCGUUUUUAGACUGGCAAGUUGGCCAAGCCUAAAAAUAGAAGUUCGGUAGCGAUUUAUUGGUCGGCGAAAUAUGGGCUCAAAAUGAACCGCUGACACCAAUAUUGUAACUGUGGGAAACUUACCAGGUGGAAUCAGUCUGUACUUUAUGCUAAUUGGGACAAUAGCCAAAUAAUAUUGUCUAGCAACACCAGCAACGUCUUUUCGUGCUGCCCGCGCCAAGGGAAAUCACUCUUGCUGUGUUCCGGAUUCAGGCUAUCGCCCCGUAGGCCAUACCAGACCGUACGCGAGCACUACAUAUCAUUGUAAGAAAAACAUGUUGAGUAAAUAUUAAACAAACAUCGUGUAAAGUUCUUUUUUAUACAUAUAUAUUUUUGUUAAAAAUUGUUUUUGUAACAGUCUUUUUUUGCAAAAUUAUCUUUUGUAAAAUAUUUCUGUUUUUUUUUGUGCGUGCGUUUAGUUCUUUUCGUAAAAUAUCUUAUUAACAUUUCUUUUUGUCACCUUCUGCGCUGUACGUUCUUACAUGUAGAAACCGGUAAAUACAUUGGAGAACCACUGAAUGAGAGAAUAUGUAAAUAAUACGAUAGCUCAGAAGUCCAAGAUGAAACUCAUUUUGCCAUUACUUGCACCAAAUACAGUUUAAUCAGACCUAGUAUAUUCGCAAUAAUGAUUUUGUACAAUUACUGCUUGCUCAACAACUAACAUAUUAUGCAAAACCAUGUCCGAAAACUGGUUAAAUAUAAGAACCAUGUCCGAAAACUGGCUAAAUAUAAGAGUCUACCUAUUGCGUAGAAAUUGCUUGUAUUCUGCAAACUGAUUAAUACAUUACUUAGAUAAAUUUGUAUCACUUGAUAAUUAGUGCAUUUUAUUGUUAUAUAUGUAUCGUAUUAUACUUGUAUAUGUGUAUUACUGAUAUGUAUACUAGUAUAUGUGUAUUAUUUAUAAAUACGCUCUUAACUGCUUUCAUGUCAUGUAUCAGUAAGUUGUUAUGUAGAUCUAAAUCCUUAUAACAUUCUUAUCAGCAUUGCUAACAAUAUUUAUUUUAUACUCUUCUGUGAAAUACUGAAAUUUAUCAGUGAAAUAAAAUUUAUAUUCACUGUUUAAAACAGUGAAAAUAUCAUUUUACUGAUACGGAACUACAUUUGAAUGCGAAAUGAUAUAAAUUAUAAAUGAUAUGAAAUUCGUUGCAAAAUAUUCUUCAGUAAAGGUAAAGAUGCAUAGAAAUGAUAAAAGGAUCAUAAAUAUUUACAUUUCAUUAUAAUAAAAUGUCAAAGAAAUCAGAAAACGUGAUAGAACUGUUUAUAGUUUUUCUACAAAGACACCCUGCUGCGCCACUCGUGAAAAUAUUACAUUAUAGUGUUCACUCGGUGAAAUAUAUUUCUAUCUUACACUAAAACAAACAAAUAUUAUCAUGUAUUCUAUUUACAUAAUACAAAAGUGUGUUCCGGGCUGUCUCGGUGGAAUUGACGGUCCGAUAUUUCAUUUUAUGUAAUGCAUAAGAUACAUGCUGCUAUCGGUUUCAGCUCACUUUCUCACUAUUUGUAUAUUUCAUAUACAAAACUGUUGAAUGCUACUGUGCUCGAAGUACGAAAAUAUUCCCUUUUUACAUUUGGUAAUGACUGGGGGUGACUUAUAGGUCCAUGGGGCCGGAUGUUCUUAUAAUUAUGUAGCUAACAUUUGACUUUUAUAUGUAUACUGUAUAACUUAUGUCACUGCAAUAAAAUAUACACUUCACUUGUA